AUGGCAACUGCCCUGCCAGAUCGCUUUAGUGCGGGCAAAAGACAGUUCUGGCGAGAGUUCCUGGCUCUCUAUCAGGGAAUGCCGGAGCUGUGGGAUGUCCACCAUGUCAACUAUCGGAACAAGGAGCUACGGAACCGGGCCUACGAGCUGCUGGAGCGGAAACUCCGGGAGAUCCAGCCGAAUGCCACGCGCACCGAAGUGGGCCGAAGGAUCAACAUAUUUCGCACCAAUUACCGGCGCGAACAGAUGCGAAUCCUCAAGCAGAAGGAGCUGGGACUGCACUCGGACCUCUGCAAGCCCACUCUGUGGUUCUACGACUACAUGGGCUUCCUGCUCACCCAGGAGACCUUCCAGCACAGGACCCGAAAGGGUCGAGGGGGCCGGCAAAAGUCGGUAUUUGGGCAGGAAAAGGGGGAUAAAUACAACUCGAAAAGCACAGAUCUCAACACGGACAGCGUUUGUGACUGGCCUAUGAAGGAGGAUGAUACACCAGAACCAAGUGUUCCAGAAGAGGCUUCCCUGCUCAGUCCAAAAGUGGAGAUUAUAGAGCCAGAGGAAGCAGAAAACCCAAUCCAAAAUGGAAUCUUGCCCACAGAAGUCAAGGAGGAAGGUUUAGACACCAGAGAACCCGCCUGCUCACCCCAACCAGAGGCAGAAACCGAACGAGGAGCUGCCGGAACCAUUCUCAGCGAAUCCUCCGAAGUGCUGGCUAGAUCUUGGGCCAUUCAGUACGAGGAAAUGGCGCCCACGCAACGCAUCCUAGCCCGAAAGGCCAUCGCGGACAUCCUGUUCGAAGGAUGCAUGGGUAACCUGCGAAUAAACCGCGGCGAUCAGGGAAGCACCGUGGGAAAUCAUCUCUAAUAUUUAGUUCCCUAGUAUUCAGGGAGUUUCUGCAUUU